GAGGCGAAAUAAUAAUACGUUUAAUUUGAACCUGUUUGUAUAUUAUGAACUUGUUUUCAAGACUUUUAACCUUGAAUAAAAAUUGAACGCACUGCUUGUAAGAUACUAGUAUUUCAAACACUUUAGUCCAUCAGUGAGUGCAAUCUAGUGUUGAAAACUUAAGUGUUAGGUCAACGUAGUCUGGUUUCGGUUUUAAAAACAUAGUUUUUAUACAUGUAAUAUAAGUUAUUGCGGUUUACCUACUCGUAGUAAUUUAAGUCUCAAAAUUAUAAUAAUAUUUAUCCAUAGACAUCAACUGACGCACUGCCAACACACAUGGUAAUGAAUUAUUUUAUAUUUAUUUAUUUUAUUGUUAUAUUUUUAGUAUCUAAACCAUUAUUGUAUAUGUUUUUUUAAUAUUUAUUGUGACGAAUUUUUACCGUAUUAUUCAAUACGAUUAUAAGUGUAGGCAUGCCUAUAGCCAGUGCUAUAUCCUUUGCAAGUCAGUACUGUCAGUGACGGUGUGAACGUAUGGAAAUAUUAAACUAAGUAUUAAACAAUUAUCCGAAACGAUACUGUCCUCUUACAUAUUUCGAGAUUUAAGCGACUGUAUAGGGAAACUAUAUUUACAACGCUACUGAAGUGUCUACCAUCAUUAACAACGUAAAUAGUAUUGGCUCCAAGCGGUAUUGAAAUAAUUAUUUUUAAUCGCCAAUAAUUUUUAGACGUGUUGUACAUUACAAUAAAAGUAACAGUUUACGAAGCCAGACGUUUAAUUUUUGAUGAACCAAUAACACCUAGUUUUUUGCACGUAUAUAAUAUUAUGUUUUGCCCACGUGUAAAUUGGAAAUAAUUGGAACAUUUUGGAUGCGGAGCGUAGCAGGAUCUAUUGGUUUUACUAUAAUAUGUGUUUUUUUUUUUUGUCUGUAAAAGUAAAGUAAGUACAACUUCCUAUUCGAAAAGAAAACUUGCUUUAAUACAACAAGUGUAGCAUCAUUUCUAAAAGGAAAUUUUAUCUAGUUGGCGGAUUCGGUCGUUUUUUUUUUUGAUUUUCCAAGGGGUUUUCAAAAUAAUUGAAAAAACCUGAAAUAAAAUUGUAGGUAAAAUGGUAAAUAUUUACAGUGUGGCGUGGUGUUCCUUAUUUCAUUGUUUUUAAUUUUUACAAAUUAUGUUUUCUAUAAGAAAUAUUGCUUAAAUCAAAAAAUUAUUAUAUUAUUAUAUUAUUUGUCUAUUUGGUAGAGGAGUUAAUCUUGUAUGGUUGUAUUUGAAAUCGGUUUCAAGCACAUGGUGUGGCAUUAAUUGAUCUAGUUUCAGCAGUCGUAACAUAAUAAAUCUAUCAUACAUCAUAAUAAAACAAGUAAUUUAACCAACGUUUGCCAUUUUUUCUUUUUAUUUUAUAACUUCGCGAGUUUAACAUUUAUCAACUUUAAAUUAUUAUUGAAUCAGCAACAGAUCAGUUAAAUUAAGUUAAUGACAUUUUUUGUUUUUUUUUUAAUAAAUUUAGUUUAUAAUUAACAUUUUAAACAUGCAUUAUAUGACACAAAGUUAGCAUUUAUCGUUAUUUUAUGAAAAUGGCGUAAAAUUUAAGUUCACUUUCGAAUCUUUCUGAACUUAAUUUCCUGCAAAAUAUAAUAGUCAAUAUCAGGGCUUUGCACCCAAAUCAUUAAUUGGGAUUCCGGGUGUAAAAAAAAAAUACACCUUGUGUAUUAUUAACCAUGCGAAUUUGAUAUAGUGAUCAGUUUGUAUAUGUAAGAAAACUACAAGCAAACUAAAAAAUUGCAUCUCAAUGCACUCAACAAAAUAUUCUACUAUGAGACUAUGAUUGGGUUAAGAUUUCUGGUCAAAAAGAUAUUUACGUUUGGGGGAAAAAAUGGGGAGACAAAAUAUAAUACUGGUGUUUUGAAACGUUUCGUGUCAUCGACCCCGCUGUGCGGUGGUGUAAUAACCGGAUUCCCAUAAAUUAUAAAAUUAUUUAUAUUUUAAUUGUUUUAAACGAUUCCGUGUGUUACACAGAACAAAACCGAAAACUGUGUGUUGGUGAUCGGACAUUUGUAGUUUAUUGGAGGACCGUUGUAGCAUAACAAAUAACCAGAAAUGCACAACAUAUUUACCAUAGGCCGUUUACGAAAGGCGCUGUGCGUUUUGCUCGCAUUUCUGCAAAUUUCGUCGGCUCUGUUCGGUGACGACCAAUAUUGGACAACGAAGAAACAGAUCGAUUGCACGCAGGAGAGUGUGCCGGCGAAUAACGAGUGUGAUGGGACAGCGCAGUGUGCCGACGAAAGCGACGAAGAGCAAUGCGCCAAGUGCCGGACACGGGACGCGUUUCACUGCGAUAACAAGAGGUGCGUACUACAACAGUUUUAUACCUAUGGGAAAAUAUCGCGACCGAGUCGACCGAUCAGAAAUAACAUCGUGUCGCAGUGUUGUCGAACGUUAUCAUAGUAUAAUUGUUAGAAAAAACCGGAGGAAAAAAUACCGAUUCUAGUGGUGGGAAAAAUCCAGAUUUGCCGAAGUUCGACAAACUGAAAUAGAAGAUUUUAUUUAAAAUCCGGAUUUUGCAUAUUGAAACUUUGACGUUCAAUGAUAAAUUUUAGGCAUUAUUUAAAAACACGUUUUUUGUUAUUAUAGAAAACAACAAAAAUAUAUAAUAUAUAAGAUUUAAAAAAAAAAAAAUCAAAAACUCCAAUUUUUAAAACAAAAAUUUAAAUGUUCCCGAAUUUGAAGUAUUUUGUUGUUUAAAAUCUGGAUUUUCGGAUAAUUUGAAUCUAUUUUACAUUACUUCUCAAAUCAGUAGUUACUGCUGCGCAUUUACAAUUUUUUCGGAAUACCGUUCAUUUUGUAUUGGGGUGUUGGCUACUCGUUAAUGACUUGGCAGACGUGUGAAUAUUAUUAUAUAAGUAAUAUCUCGGAUUAUCUAAGUAAGUUCAUAUAUGUAUCAUACUUUUCAAAACCGAACUGAUUUAAAAAUUGUAUGUGUAUUUUUUCAGGUGCGUGCCGGUCUAUUUACGCUGCGACGGGUACGACGACUGCUGGGACGGUUCGGACGAACGGAAACGCGACUGCAACAACUGGAUAUCACCGUACUCCAAAGCAUUCGAUAUACCUGUGAAAAUCGAAUAUUUCGACGCGGAACAUUUUAAGACGAUAAACUAUACUAGCGAAAUAGCCGCUAAAAACGAUGUCAAAUUGAAAAUAAUCGCUUACAAGACCGGGCGUUUCGACAAACCGCUGGACGCGUACUCGGUGAAUUUCCAGCACAUGAAGAAAGUCGUUUUUUACAUUCCCGGGUUUAUGACUGAAGAUCUGAACGACGGGAUAACUAUGAAAAACGCUCUUGUCACGAGCACCGAUGAUAUCGACUGCAUCAUACUGUUCGAUUGGAGAAAAGGAUCAUAUUACGGUCGGUAUAGAUUUUAAUAAAAAUAUAUGAUUUAUUAGAGAGUUCAGCAUUUAUAGCGGCGGCAUGGCCGUAUGAGAUAUUAUACCUGCCACGAUCUAUGGGCGAAAUCUCAAACCUUGUAUAUAAUUACUUAACCUACCAAUUGCAUAAUACUACAAUAACAACUGUUUUUUUAUCCAUCAAUUCAGAUCACGGAUGGCAACGGGGAGGAUUUCCAUGGCAAAAGCCUGAGGAAUACAGCAACGUAGUUUACUAUAACUUGCCACACGCGUCCAAUAUAUUAGCCGAUUUUGUGUUGAAAAAAAUACCCGAACACGUCAAAGUGCACCUGAUAGGAUUUAGCCUCGGUGGUCAGUUGGCGGGUAUCGCAUCUAGAAUAAUGAAAAAUCACAAACUGAAAACCAUUGAUCGGAUAUCCGGUAUGUUGUUAAUAACACCGUUCAAUGCAUCAAUUUACUUUACAUAUGUAUGUGUAUAAUGAGAAACCAAAAACAUGACAUGUUUUUUAACUAGGGUUUUUUUUUUUUUUGAAAUAUCUUUUUACAGCGAUCGAUCCGGCGGGUCCUUUAUUCGAAUACACGCUAAACCUGUUCACCAUUGACUCAACUCAUACUCUACGCAAAACUGACGCAGUGUUUGUUGACGUCGUUCAUGCGUGUCUUCUUCUCGGAAUGCAGAAGGAAGCCGGCCACUUGGAUGUAUUCAUCAAAGACGUUGAUUGCAAACAUCCGUACUGUUUGCACCAAAGAUCAUUCGAUGCUUUCAUUGCGUCCUUGACCACAUGUUCGCAAAUAACAUGUCCUCAUAGUAAUAUCAAUAGUGACCUAGAUUGCAAUGUACCGGACCGAACGCACCUAUCCAGUAUCGGGUAUUUGGCAGACCUGUACAGCGGCCGGGGAAAACAUGUAAUUUACUUGUAUAGAAAGGAAAACGGUCAAAAAGUUUCGACAGGUAACUGUACCGAAUACUUAAAAGUCAAUUUGCCCGUUAAGCACAGAAUUUGUCUGGAUACAAACGAUUGUGGAAAAAAACCGUAUUUAUCGGAAUGUCAUAUGCCGUGUACCGGCGAAAAAAAAUCGACAUCGAUUUGCGGAAUAAACGAAACGAAUCGCGCGGGCUCUUCUUCGAACCAAAACAAAAAUACCAAAAUUAGCCCAAGGGUCUCAUGGAGUGAAGUAACGGACCGCCAAAAAUGUGGUAAGGCUUUAUCGUGUACAAUUGAAAAAUCCGUCCCCGUACAAUACUACGUGGCCUAUAAAAAGCCGAAUACCUUGGAGUAUUUUUAUAUUUCUCGAUCGGAGGACGGGAGUUCGGUUACCGAGCAACCUGGGUUGCAUAAAUUUUCCUAUCCAGAAUCAGUAUUAGGCCAGACUUUGGCUCCCAUUUACGAACACGGAAAUUCCAUAACAUAUACUAUAUGGAAUGACGACGUUCCGUACGAUUAUAUACUGAACGAUACAAGGUCAAACAGUUACGGCAUACCCGUCGACGUUACGUCUUUCGGUCAUUCCAAAGGAGUUUUAGCGUACUCCAAGCACGGCGGGUUUUUAAUGUCCCAUUCUAUACCUCAAUAUCCUCCAAAUCCAAAUGAUAAACCGUAUCAAUACCCUUUAAGUGAAAAGAAAUACGCACAAAUGGCUUUAUGUGUGACGAGUAAUCAAUACAGUAGUAAUGUCGUUGAUGAAAUUGAAGCCCUAUUGGAUUUGAUAAUAAAUUUUAAACCCUAUGUUUACGCCUCGCACGUACAACUGAACGAUUGGCCGAUUAGGAUAAGAAAUAAGUUUGAGACGUUAGUUCACCCCAAAGAUAACAAAUUGCAGCAUUCGCCAGUUAUUAAUAAUAAACAUUACGGACGAAAUUUUAUUGAAAUUCACUCGUUUGGUCGAUCGAGUGAUGCGUAUUUUCAAGACAGUAUUGAAAAAUUAGCCGAAUAUUACAGUACGUCAAUGCUCACCAAGAGUCGGUUGGGUAAUACGUUACCGUCUAAUUGCAACCAUUUAUUUACAAUAGAAAAUAUCAAGGUUAUCCGUCUUCUUAAUAGUAAUAAUACGGAACAUUGGAGUAAAACUGCGGACCACACUAAUUGGAUUGUCUCGAAGACGUUCGAAAAAAACCUAAUGUGCGUGGGUGACUUGUACAGAGACAAAUAUAUUAUAGCAAGGGGCGGAAUGUUCGUUUGUAUUCAAGAUAUUGAUUUAUAUAUUGCAUAUUUAAAAGCCGUACACUUCGAUUUUCAAGCUUGUCAACAUUAAUUAACAUUAAUUGUACGAGUUUUACGAAAUUAUAAAGAACUUAUUUUAAAUCCAAUUGAUUCAUUUGUAUAUAAGUAUACAAAAUAUACGAAUAAGCUAUUAUAUUUAAUCUGGGUGCUAUUAUUGUAACAUUAAUAACUAAUAAAUUAUAAUUUAAUAUUUUCUUCGUGUAAUAUUCGUACGUUUUGAGUACAU